CUGCCGCCUGCGUGCGGGCUCGUUCUCGCUUCGUCUAUCUGCUUGGGCAACGUGCGCGCUCCCGCCUCAGUGCGGCGGUGCAUUCAGCUAGGCGGAAGUGUCGUCUGGAGUUGCGUUGUUUUGGGAAAAAUACAUUGGUGACGAGAGAAUGGAGUCGAACGGGGCAAGUCACAAGCUGAUCUUUGAGAAGGAGGGGGUGUACCUACACACCAACGCAAAGAGGAGCAACCAGGACACCACCAUUCCAGGGUUCAUCCGCAUCGUAGAGAGGGGUGGAGAGCCAGCACUGGAGUGGAGCCCUCUUGAGGAGGAGAGAGGAAGUGCACCCUCUGUGUUCUAUACCAAAAAGGAUGGAGAUGGAGGGGAGGAGGAGACGAACUUUGACCCUGGUUAUGAGCCAGACUGGGCAGUCAUCAGCACAGUGAAAAGGGAGCGAGAGCACCCCCCAGUGAGAGAGACAGGUCAGUGGGGUUCCUUCUCCCUCCCACUGUCGGAGCUCUACUCCUUACGCCGAGCCAGGUUCUCCCUCGGACGGAACUUCCUGGUGAUCACCAGCAGGGGGGGCCACCCCCUCCCCCCUCUGCACUUCCACAGGGGAGGCACCAUGGAGCUGCUGCGGGCCCUUCAGCGCUAUAUCAUCCUGGCACCGUCACCAAUGGAUGCACGGCUCUUCCUGGUGUACCCUCACGACUCUGGCGCCCUGUCACAGUCAUUUGAUGAAUUGCACCUUUUUGAUGAGAGUGGAUCUGAUCUUGUGUCGAGGUUUAUUCAGGACCCCUAUGCAACUACGUUUGGGGGAUUCUCCAAGGUCACCAACUUCUUUCGAGGAGCACUUCGGCCACAGGACUCCCCACUCCAUCCUCGGUCCCCUCAGGACUCACAUGGCCCCCUCUCAGCUGAUGAAGAGCCUGGGUUUGAACUCAUUACCUGUGGAGCAGAACUGGGUCCAAGGCCGGAAGUGACAAGGGGGGAGCCCCUGGACAAGUGGGACGAGUUUUUGGACCCAGAAGGUCGAGUCAAGGAUCCCCAGCAAAUCAAAGAGAUCAUUUUCAGAGGGGGCAUCACUCCAUCCCUUAGGAAGGAGGUGUGGAAGUUUCUCCUGGGUUUUUAUCCUUGGAACAGCACAGCCAAAGAGAGGGAGGACAUUGUGAGAGUGAAGACGGAUGAGUAUUUCAGGAUGAAAGUGCAGUGGAAGUCGGUCAGCGAAGAACAGGAGAUGAGGAACUCCCUGCUCAGGGGAUACCGCAGCUUGAUUGAGCGAGACGUGAGCCGGACAGACAGACACAACACCUUCUUCUCUGGCAAUGAUAACCCGGGGCUGACCCUGCUGAAUGACGUCCUGAUGACCUACUGCAUGUACAACUUCGACCUGGGUUAUGUCCAGGGAAUGAGCGAUCUCCUGUCCCCCAUCCUCUUCGUCACUCAGAAUGAGGUGGAGUCAUUCUGGUGCUUGACUGGCUUCAUGGAGCUUGUGCACCAGAACUUCGAGGAGUCUCAGGAGGCCAUGAAGCAGCAGCUCUUACAGCUCAGUAUCCUACUGAAAGCACUGGACCCAGAGCUGUGUGACUACCUGGACUCUCAGGACAGUGGUUCGCUGUGUUUCUGUUUCCGUUGGUUACUGAUCUGGUUCAAGAGAGAGUUCUCCUUCGAGGACAUCCUGAUCCUGUGGGAGGUGUUGUGGACUCGCCUGCCUUGCCCAAACUUCCAUCUGUUGACGGCCUGUUCCAUUCUGGAGUCGCAGAGGGGAGAGCUGAUUGGCUCCAACCAUGACUUCAACACAAUUCUGAAGCACAUCAACGAGCUGACGAUGAAGCUGGACCUGCAGUCAGUGCUGUGUGGAGCUGAGGCUAUCUACCUGCAGCUUACCCGAUGCAAGGAGUUGCCUGUGAAGGUCCAGGAGGUGUUGGGACUGUGCCCCCCUGCCAGCUCGAAUGAAAACAGCCCAGAUUUAGAACCAAGUGAGACGCAGCCGCUUAUUGGCCAAUCAGAAGGUGGAGCUGCUGCUGCAACCGCCCAACCAGGGAACAGCUGUGAGACAAAGCGCCCACCCCCUUCGUACCCUUAACUCCAAAGGACUUAGCAGGAGACAGGGAUCGAGAGGAAGAGGACAAGAGAAGUAGCGAGGGGUUUUUUGCCUGAGAUACUGUAUAUACUGUAGAAAGAGAGGAGGAUACCAUAUUGACUGUUAAUAGGGAAAGAAAGGCCAGUGCUGAAAGUGAGAGAGGUGAUUUAACUCUUUAUUUCACUCCUUAGUUAAAGAUAUAUAGUUUUCAACAUUUGUUUGUGCUUAUAUAUGCCUGCGUAUACAUUUAUGCCUAUUUAUCUACACAAUAUUUUUUCCACCUGUCUCUUUUGAUGUGGCAGCGAGUCCCUUUAAUGUGUCUUAUGCUGAUGUGAUCUGUCUCUGUCCUUUCUUGAGUACACACUACUACAGUCUAGCUGUCUUGGCUUGCCCUUACUUGUCUCUCCCCCUCUCUCCUUUCCCCCACUCUCUCACUCCCCUCUUAUAUAAAUGACAGAAGAUAAAACUCACUGACAGCUGUUUGUUACUGAAUGAGUUUAAGUUGUUCUGAUGCUCACCUGCAUGUCACCUGUGUCACCUGUGUCUGUCAUAUGUAUGGUAUGUUAUAACCAUAUUUUAUUAUCUUGAUCUACGAAUCUUAAUACAAAUAAAAUAUAUUCCCAAACUCUUAAACAGCUAAGUGCUUGCUCAGUUCAUGUGUUAAAUUUCUCCUCACAUACCACUCUGGAGGAAAAGCGAAGCCCACAUCCCAUCUCACUCCUCCUUUUGUUUGUCUUUCAUCCCCCCCCCCCCCCCCCUCACAAUCUGUUCAUCUUUACACAGCCAUGAAUACUAAGCCUAAUUUGUCAAUGGCGCAAGGUCCUCCUCUUUUUCGCUGCCAGGGUCUUUUU